AUGAACAUUUUUAAUGUUCUACUAUAUGUUUUUACAUUUUCCCUCUUUUUGUAUCGCAAUAAUCUAGUAGAAUCCACUGGUUCUAGAAAUUUUAGAGGUUUUUCUUCGGGCAGACCACCUGAUUUAAAGCUUGUAACUUCAGAUGGUACAAAAGAAUCCGAAAUCAACAGUACCGGGUUUGAACACAGACAACUCGGAUUAGCUGGUAAUGUACAUGAGUAUAACCUGAAUGAAGGAACCAGAUGUGUGAAAGUUAAGCAAAAUGAUACCGAAGUAUGGAUAGAGACUGAUACUGAUACCCUUAGCACCUUUAGUAGCCAAUCAACUUUUACCGAUUCAGUAAAUGUUUCAGAGGAACAAUCAAGCACUUCUGGCCAACCCAGUAGUGUUCAAUCAACUUCAACUGAGACCUCUACGGACCAGGCCGACGGAUCUGGUGGUAGCGACCCGUCCCAACGUAAAUAUCCUAUUAAGAUCGUUUAUAACAACAGAGCUAAAGUAAUGUGGAUUAUUUUUAGGGAUGGAUAUCUUGGUUAUAUGUUUAUAAAUGGCAAGUGGAUUUUCAAAAUCAGCAAGAGUAUUUCCUUCGACAACCACGGAACUAUUUCUAGUGCUAUUUUACAAAGUUUAAAUUCACUUGUCACACGAGAUUCCACUUUACUUACACCCGAACUUCAGCAAUCCGCAAUUCUGACUAACAAUUUAUAUCCGACUGACUAUUCAGAAGGAAAUGCUGGUUCCUCACAUGAUCAAGCAGGUGAUUCAACCCCCGUGGAUACUUAUAUAGACGUUCCUGGUUUCGGAACAAGCUCAAUAAGCGUACCUAAGUUUUUCGGACAGAACUCUUCUAUUUCACCCGUUCGAUCUAAACCUAGUUUAAAAAAACUACCUGAUACUGAAGAGCAGCCUAAUAUUAAGUUUUUCACAACCGACGAUUCAGAUCCGAGUAGCACCGUGGAACUUUCUUCUGAUAAAUACACUGUAAAAUAUUACGAGAAUUUAAAAAACGACUAUUUAAUUGAGCUUGACACUGAUGCAAAAUGUGUACUAGUUAAAUGUGAGGAUAAAGAAGUUUGGAAAACAGGAGAACACGAUCUAGACGAACCUACAUCAUCGAGCUAUUAUAAAGGCUACAAACACGUAGUAGUACGAGACGAAGAUAAAGGAGUAAUAUACAACGAAAAAAAAGAUACCUGGAAUCAUUACGAUACUAAAUAUGUAUCAAAAAAACCUGACCAAUCUAAGUCCAAAGCACCUUCUCAGCCUGAGUAUGUACCAGAACAACAGCCAUUAACCGUACCCGAGUCACAACCGACUACACUACCAGAACAGCCAAAAGAAGAAACGAAACCUGUUGCUGAACCAGUAUCUGGCACACCUGAGGCUGGACAAGAAUCAUCACAAACUGCAGGUAGUCCACAUUUAAUUACUGUGAACAUCGAUUUGACGGAAAGCACUGAUCAGGUUGUAUAUGAACACGAUACAGUUAAUAAAGCUCAACGUUGGACUUGUAAGGAAGGAUUUUUAAUUGAAAAGGUAACAAAAGCUGGUAACGUUGUAUGGCAACCUAAGGAUGGGAGACAUGGUGAUAGAGUCGUUGUACGAGAAGCAGAAGAUGGUACCAAGGGCAAGGUAUAUCGUCCAGGUGAAACGGAGGGUUCGAGUUCUACAGCUCAAGAUCAACAGCAUGCUAAAUCACAACAACCAGACGCUUCUAAGACUGAGGAACCAACUAAAAAAUCCGAAGCUGCUCCUACUCACACUCCCACUACACCUGCCCAGCAGUCGAACCCUAAGCUGUACACAACAGAUCCCAACGACAACACCAAGUUUGUUGAACUCGCCACCAAUGCCUACAGCGUGGUCCAGAAUGGCGAUGUUACCACCUUCACCAUCGCUGACUCCGCCAACUGCACCAAGCUGACGUUCGAAAACGUUUUGAUGUGGCAGUACGAUUCCAGUAAACGUGGCGGCUUAUACCCCAAGACACUGGAAUACAACCAGUCAAGCAACGUCCUGGUUCUCAAAUUCGAAGGCUUUGAGAUAACGUUUGAAAAGGAGAAUGGAAACUGGGUGUACACCGAGGCCGAUACGUCAAAGGCUGCUAAACAAGCACAGCCUGCUAAACAAGCACAAGAAUCACAACAACCAGACGCUUCUAAGACUGAGGAACCGGUUAAAGAAUCAGAACAACAAACUAAAAAAUCAGAACAACAAGCUGAUGAAACCAAGUCUGAACAGCCUAAAGAAUCACAACAACCAGACGCUUCUAAGACUGAGGAACCAACUAAAAAAUCCGAAGCUGCUCCUACUCACACUCCCACUACACCUGCCCAGCAGUCGAACCCUAAGCUGUACACAACAGAUCCCAACGACAACACCAAGUUUGUUGAACUCGCCACCAAUGCCUACAGCGUGGUCCAGAAUGGCGAUGUUACCACCUUCACCAUCGCUGACUCCGCCAACUGCACCAAGCUGACGUUCGAAAACGUUUUGAUGUGGCAGUACGAUUCCAGUAAACGUGGCGGCUUAUACCCCAAGACACUGGAUUACAACCAGUCAAGCAACGUCCUGGUUCUCAAAUUCGAAGGCUUUGAGAUAACGUUUGAAAAGGAGAAUGGAAACUGGGUGUACACCGAGGCCGAUACGUCAAAGGCUGCUAAACAAGCACAACCUGCUAAAAAAUCCGAAGAACCUGGUAAAGGGGAUGAUACGUCAGAGUUAGCUAAAGAAGCACAAGAAGCUGAUGAAACCAAGUCUGAACAGCCUAAAGAAUCUGGAGAUAAAACGGCUACUUUAACUAGUGGAACCACUGAUACAGCUAGUGUUACAUUAACUUCAGCUAGUCAGGAUCAAACUGCUACUUUAACUGGUGGAUCUGAUGGUUCUCAACAAGCACAAGAAGCUAAACAAGCCAAGUCUGAACAGGCUAAAGAAGCUGAAGAAUCUGACGCUACUAAGACUGAACAGGCUAAAGAAGCUGAAGAAUCUGACGCUACUAAGACUGAACAGGCUAAAGAAGCUGAACAACAAGCUAAAGUGUACGAUACGUCAGAGCCAGCUAAAGAAGCACAACCAGCUAAAGAAUCUGACGCUACUAAGACUGAACAGGCUAAAGAAGCUGAAGACGGUACCAAGACUCAAGCACCUGAAGAUCAAACGGCUACUUUAACUAGUGGAUCUGAUGGUUCUCAACAAGCUGGAGAGGCUAUUUCUGAUUUUUCUACUACAGUUAUUUCAUCAGGUUUUUUUACAAGUUCUUCUAAAUCACAAGAAUUCUAUUUACAAUUUCCUCAAAUUGUUCUAGUUUCAGAAGAAGCUAUUGAUAAUCAACAUAAAUUUGGCAUUAACCCUUUUGGUGUUAAGCCUAUACUAGUUUCAACUUGGAGUUAG